CUCCUUUCGCUUGCAAGUUACAGAAGUAAUAAAAAGGGUGUUCUUGUUUAACUGGCAUCAAAACUCAAAAGCAAUGCAAUGUCUCGCACACUGAAAUCAACUCCACUGUUAGUCUCCUCCCCCUCCUUUUCUUCUCCUUUCUCUUUAAAAACCUACGCCGCUCCCCAUUCAACCCUUUCUUUCAAGCCCCAAAAAUCAAGGGCUGCCCAUACAAAUAUCUCUAACAAGUCUCCACUUUAUUCUACGAAAAGAUUCACUUCGCCCCAAAACAUGUUAGACAAUACAAGCUGCAGCAGCAGCAGCACAAGACAAAACAGAUGGACCCUUCACGGAAAAACAGCUCUUGUCACCGGCGGAACUCGCGGAAUUGGGCGAGCAAUUGUGGAGGAAUUGGUGGGUUUUGGAGCAAGAGUGCACACGUGUUGUAGGAAUGGAAGUGAGCUUGAUAAGUGCUUAGAGGAUUGGAAUGAUGUAUGUUCUGGUGGGAUGAUUAGUGGGUCAGUCUGUGAUGUCUCUGUUGGAGCUCAAAGGCAGGAGCUUAUGGAGACUGUUUCUUCAAAUUUUGAUGGCAAGCUCAAUAUCCUAGUUAAUAAUGUUGGGACAAACAUUCGAAAACCAAUGGUAGAGUUUACACCGGAAGAGUUUUCUACUCUCAUGGCAACCAAUUUUGAAUCUGCUUUUCAUAUUUCCCAACUUGCUUAUCCACUUUUAAAGGCAUCAGGAGAGGGAAGUGUUGUAUUCACAUCCUCUGUCUCUGGCUUUGUCUCACUGAAAUCAAUGUCUGUGCAUGGAGUGACUAAAGGAGCAAUCAAUCAACUAACAAAAAAUUUGGCUUGCGAAUGGGCAAAAGACAACAUAAGAAGUAAUGCUGUGGCACCUUGGUACAUCAAAACCUCAAUGGUGGAACAAGUCCUCAGCAACAAAAGUUAUUUAGAAGAAGUAUAUGAUAGAACUCCUCUUCGGCGUCUUGGAGAAGCUACAGAGGUUUCAGCUCUGGUGGCAUUCCUUUGUUUACCUGCAUCAUCUUACAUUACUGGUCAGAUUAUUUGCAUUGAUGGAGGGAUGUCGGUGAAUGGUUUCUUCCCAAGUCAUGGUUAGAGGUGCCCAAUUCACCUUUUACUUUUUCGAGACGGUGAGCUUGUUUGUUUUGGGUAGCUCCUGCGGAGACUUGUCAGCAAAAGGAGAUUUCUCCGCCCUUCUCAUGUUCAUUAGCUAUGUUCCUCAUCUUCUUGAACAUUUCUUAGUCAUGCUACCUCAUGUAUCCCUCCUUGAACUUGAAGGGCUCGAUUGAUCAGCUAAAUAGUGCUUUAUGGGCUUUUCGGUUAUACCAUUGAGGAUACCUUGCAGUUUACGGAUAAUUUCUAAUACGUUAAAGAUUAAUUUCUAAUAUUUUUGUAAUAACAGAAGAUUAGCAUUCAUUCA